AUGGAUCUCCAAAACCUUCGCAAUGGCGACCCUCCGAGCUCCGAGCUCGCAGAACCCAACCAUGGCGAACACCACCUCGACCCUCCCCUCUCCCCCCUGCGCUUCCCCCCGGACGAUGUCGACAGCACCUGCUCCACUCCCUACAUCAGCGCCCCCUCCAGCCCCGGCCGCGGCGGCGGCGCCGGUGGUUACUUCUUUAGCGCCCCCACCAGCCCCAUGCACUUCGUCCUCUCCUCCGCCGGCGGCGGCGGAGGCGGCUUCCCUUCCGACUCCCCCGACGCCUCCGUCGCCGGCUCCUUCGAGUUCGAAUUCUCCGCCCGAUUCCCCUCUGCCGCCGCCUUCGCCACCGGAUCCAUGACCUCCGCCGACGAGCUCUUCCUUAACGGCCAGAUCCGCCCCAUGAAGCUCUGCUCCCACCUCCAGCGGCCCCAGGUCCUCGCCCCCCUCCUCGAUCUCAACGAAGAAGAAGACGACGACGAUGAAUCCGAGCGUCACCCGCCGGAAAUGGCCGCGAGGGGGCGGGAUCUGAAGCUCCGGAGCCGAUCGAUUCGCCGGAGGGCCAGAUCCCAUUCCCCGCUUCGGAACGCGCCGCUCUAUUGGCAAAUGGAGGUCGAAGAACGAGAAGAUAGAGCGAAAGAUGUAGAGCCAGUUCCAGAUCCGAAGCAGAUCGAGGCAGAGGCGGCCACUCUAUCCGUCUCGGCUUCGUCCUCCCGGUCCUCCUCCACGUCCUCCUCCUCCUCCUCCUCCUCCUCUGGAAGAACCUCCAAGAAGUGGAUCUUCCUCCAAGAAGUGGAUCUCCUCUAUAGAAGCAAGAGCGAGGGAAGAGAGAGAGGAAACACCAAAGAGAAGUUCUGGCACUCGAUCUCUUUCUCCCAAUCCAAAUCCAAGUCCAAACCUCCGCCGCCGAUUCCUCCUCCCUCCGCCUCGGCCGCCGCUGCUGCCGACUUCUCUUCUUCCGCCAAUCCUGCGCCUGCCGCCACGAUCUCGGGAGCGGAGAAGGCGAAAUCGAAGGAUCCAUCGCCACCGGUCGGCCGGUCUUCAAAGAGAACGGCGGCGAAGCCGGUGAACUGGGUGGGGCGGCGGAGGGCGCCGGCGCCGUCUCCGCACGAGCGGCACUACACGGCGAACCGGGCGCAGGCGGAGGAGAUGCGGCGGAAGACGUUCUUGCCUUACUGCCAGGGCCUGCUCGGCUGCCUGGGCUUCACUUCCCGCAGCUAUGGCGCCAUUAACGGCAUCGCCCGUAACCUUCACCCCGUCUCUUCCAAGUAAGCCACGCCGUCUCUCUUCCGUUAUCCCCCCCCCCCCCCCAAAAAA